AUGGCAAAGAGAUUUGAAUCGUUCAACACUGACAUGGGAUUGGCGCAAGCACAAAAUGAUGAUAGCGAAAAGAAUGUGGUUCGAAGAAGCAUUUUGGUCAAUUUAGGAAAUACCUUCAGCCUUCUUCCUAACACAAUUUCAGCCUCCAGCUCAACCCAAAACAUUUCUCUCACUAUUUCUCCUGACCCAGCUCAUGCCUAUAUAAUUUCUCCACAAAUACCACCAAGAUACUCUAUUAAACCAAAGGCUUUGCAAGUCACAUUGAGGCCUAAUGUCCAACCGCCUGCACUUGAAGCCCCCUUUACAAAAAGCCAACAAUAUCAACUGGCGGUAUGCCCAUACAAGAGAUCGAGAAGUGGAACAAAUGCAAUUAAUUGGGAUGACUCGGAUAGAGAGCUUCACAAUUUAAGGAGAAUUGCUGAAGAAGAGAUGCGUGCAAGAAAUAUUCAGAGUUUAAGAUAUGAAAGCUUGUGCAUGCUUCCAAAUGUUGAAUUUCCACCAGGAUUCAAAGUACCAAAAUUCAACACCUUCAAUGGCAGAGGAAAUCCCAUUACGCACUUGAAGGACUAUUGUAGCAGAUUAAUGGGAAUUGGACAAAAUGAAGCCCUACGAAUGAAAUUGUUCAUUCAGAGCCUAUCUGGGUUAGCAUUAGAUUGGUAUACAGAACAAGACUUUCGCAAAUGGUACACAUGGGAGGACAUGGCCCGCGACUUUGUAGAACAAUUCAAGUUUAACAUCGGGGUUAGUCCAAAUCUUUAUGAUAUGCGUGAGAUAGAAAGAAUGCCACACGAGUCUUUCCAGGAAUACGCCAUCCGAUGGAGAUUGGAAGCUUCAAAAAUACGCCCUCCAUUGCCCGAGAAUGAUUGGAAAGCAAGUAGAAGCGGGCAUUCGAGCAGGAAAAUUGUUGACACUUCAUCGGUACAAGCAACUUUUCAAGUUGAGACAUUCGACAACUUGCAAGACAAAAAGAAAGAAACCGACUCGGUAUCGGUCUACAUAUCACCCGCAAUCACGACGAACCAACAAGUGUCGCGUGAUCAUAUAUCUUUUCACCAACAAGGCUUUCAAUAUCAACCCGAUCAAACACAGUCUAGCUUACGACAGUCGGAGCAUGUAAAAUUUCGCACUUUUACUCCUCUUGAAGAGUCAUUAACCAGCAUAUUUGAGAGAAUGAAAGCCGAGGAACUCCUGAAGCCAAAGAAAGGAUGGAUCCCUAAAAGCCUACCGCCAGAUUUUGAUUGGUCCAAGAGUUGUGCUUACCACUCUAAUAUUCCAGGUCAUGACACAGAGCAUUGCCCAGCACUUAAGCAUAAGAUCCAGAACAUGAUUGAAAAGAAUAAGAUAAGAGUGCAACAAAAUAAAUUGUGCGACAAUGGUGGCCCUCCAAUUGCAAAUGCAAUUAUUGUUACCGGUGAUCCAUCUAGAUUGGCACCGAGACAUUUGAAAAGGAAGCGUGGAACUAAGUAG